CUUUGGAAUGUGGAGACGGUUGAGGGAGAGGAGCUCGACGACGGCAUGGCGCAGUGAACUACACCCGGGCUCAGACGUGUACUUACUGUUGUAAUAUGACACAAGAGAUUCACGACGGAUCGGCAUGAUGCAUGUAUGUACAUUAGCCUUCUCUUUGCUUUUAUUUUCCCAUUUACGCCCUGUCUGUCUCGGUCGUCGUUUGUAUGUUUCUGCGAUUGAGACGCAGUACUUUGCUUGCAUGUAUGCUGGAUUAGACUGGGGCUUUGAAAGGCGGUCUUUGCGUGGAUGGAAAUGGGAUCCAUCACAUACAUACAGAACACCUCUUUUGUCUCAAUUACUGAUUCACAUCCCGUAUCGUAGUGGCGCAUAAUUGAGGGUCCAAGAGUACAC